AUGAGUGUCAGAGAAGACAAGAUUGUGCUGGACGCCGCGUCAUCCCCCGCGGGGCUGCUGGCCGGCCUGCCCCGCUUCGGCAGCCUCAGCCCGCCGCCGCCGCCGCCCGGGCUCUACUUCAGCCCCAGCGCCGCGGCCGUGGCCGCUGUGGGCCGCUAUCCCAAGCCGCUGGCAGAGUUGCCCGGCCGGACGCCCAUCUUCUGGCCUGGCGUGAUGCAGAGCCCGCCCUGGAGGGACGCGCGGCUGGCCUGCACCCCGCAUCAAGGGUCUAUCUUGUUGGACAAAGAUGGGAAGAGAAAACACACGAGACCUACGUUCUCUGGUCAGCAGAUAUUCGCCCUGGAGAAGACUUUUGAACAAACGAAAUACUUGGCGGGCCCCGAGAGAGCUCGCCUGGCCUACUCGCUGGGGAUGACGGAGAGUCAGGUCAAGGUCUGGUUCCAGAACCGAAGGACCAAGUGGAGAAAGAAGCACGCAGCCGAGAUGGCCACGGCCAAGAAGAAGCAGGACUCAGAGACCGAGCGGCUCAAGGGUGCCUCGGAGAACGAGGAGGAGGAUGACGAGUACAACAAGCCCCUGGACCCCAACUCGGACGACGAGAAGAUCACGCAGCUGCUAAAGAAGCACAAGCCGGGUGGCGGGAUCCUGCUGCACGCGUCCGAGGCCGAGGGCGCGUCCUGA